GGCGGCGUUUGGAAAAAUGAAAAAGGGGCGGGGUUUCGUGAGGCGCGCGAAAGGAGCUUCAAAAUGGCGGCUUGCAAUCCGUGGGAUCCCAUCCAGCCCUCAGCGGCUGGGCAGAUGUUGGCUCGGUGCCUCUCCUCAGGGACGGUGUCCCAGGAUACUUUGGAUAUAUGUGGAAAACCAGCUCCUUGUUUUGUUCAUUUCUCAGAGGCUGAACAAAUUGCAGACCUUCGAGCUGAAAUCAAUGAGCUUAAUCUAGAGAUUGAAAUUCUGCAGAUGAAAAAAGAUACAGCAGACAUUAUUCAUCCAUUCUACCUGACACAGAAAUGCCAGGCUCUGCAAGCAAUGAACAGGCACCUAGAAGCUGUACUGAAAGAUAAAAGGGCUCUCAGGCAGAGGCUAGUCAAACCAUUGUGUCAAGAAAGCCUUCCUGUUGAAGCUGUCUUCCACAGGUAUGCAGUAGAAUUGCUGGCACUGGCAAUGUCUUUCAUUGAAAAACUGGAAAAUCAUCUAGCCACAGUGAGAAGCCUUCCUAAUUUACCUCUAGCUAUAAAAAACAUGGACAGUGCACUAGCAAAGAUGGAUUUGUUUGUAGCAGAUAUUGAAGACCUAGCAAAUCAAAUACUGGAAUGGAGAGAGAAACAGAAGAGAAUCUUGGACAAUUCGCAUCUGACUGCUGGAUCAGACACCUGGUUCCGAAGUAUACAAUAAGAGCCUACCUUUAUUUCAUUUUUCUUUCCCCGUUUUUUAAUUAAUAUUUUAUUAGUGUUGUAAUAUACAACAACAGGUGUAACUGCACAAAUAAUUCAUAAUGAAAACAAUAAAAUGGGCUUGGUAAAUAAGAGUGUAAACACAAAUCCCUCAUUUAAGUUAAUGUUCCCCAUUGCAUUGCAGGUAUUUCUAACAUCAGUCAAUAGAAGGGAUUGGUUUAGAAUUUAAUCUAGUCCUUUGGAGAUCCAAACUUUUGUAUCAUAAAUUGUGUUCACAAUGAACAGAUAGUAAAUAGAAGCUAAUUUGUCUCCA